AUGAUCAUUUUAUUCACUCUUGCUUCUUUAGCAGAAGCCUUAAUAUUACUCCCUUUAUUUGAAAAAGCAGACUUUCCAAAUUUGCAUCCUCCCUCUUCAUUCAGGCAACUUUCAGCAUCAACAGGUCUGACAAACUAUAAAAAUGUAACCUUUAUUUAGAAACAAUAUUUCGUCCAGAUAGGAAUUGGAACCCCUCAACAGUAUUUUUCAAUGCUAUUAUCCUUAAAAUCUUCCUGAAUUUUUAUAGGUGGGAAAGGGUGUUUAAGUUGUCGAAGCUGGACAAAUAAAUUUGAUAUCACCAGAUCAUCGACCUAUAAAAAUGAUUUUAAAUAUUUGAUUAUAGAUUCUAUGGGCCUAGAAGGAGAUGCUGGAAGAGACAAGGUCAAUAUUGGAGGAAUUGAUGCUAAAUCUCAAGGAAUUAUUGUAGAGCGCAAGGAGUAUAAUAUGGAUAACAUAAAAAGUGAUGGAAUACUUGGGCUAGGCUUUAGUUCUUCUAAUAAUGGGACUACUCCUAUUAUUAACACUUUAUAUGAGCAAUAUAAUAUUACCCACAAGAUUUUUUCAAUCUACUUAAAUGAUUUAAGCAAUCCAUAUGACUUGCCUAACUUUGGCCAGUCAAUGCUUAUUAUUGAUGGCUAUGAUUUAAAUAAAUACUCAGCAGAAAAAUCAUUUAAAUAUAUAAGCUGCAGAGCAAGCCAGGAAGGAUAUUGGCAAAUGGACUUCGAUCAUGCCAUUUUUAAUGGAAUAACAUUUACAAGCGGCUAUAAAGCAAUAAUUAGUGUAGGAACCAGCUUAAUCUUAGGGCCAAAAGAAGCCAUUAAUGGCAUUUUAAAGCAAUUGCAUAACAAUUAUAGCUGUGACGAUAAUAAUUUAGGGGAGCUCUUUUGUGAUUGCGGUUCGAAUUAUCCUGAUCUUAUAAUCCAAAUAAGCGGAGUAAAAUUUACAAUUAAACCAGCAGCAUAUUUUUAUAAAUGAAAUGAUUAUUGCUGGCCAUCAUUUAAUUAUACGAAUGUGCCAAAUACAUGAGUGUUAGGUGAUACUUUUCUCAGAAGGUUUUAUACAGUUUAUGAUAUGGAAAACAUGAAAAUUGGUUUUGCUACUGUUGGGAAUGUAUCUCAAAUCUAUUCAAAUGCAACUAAUACAGGCGGCUCUUCUGGAAAUAAUUCUACAUCAGGUACUAAUAGCACAAACCCAGGCUCACAUGGAGGUGGGAACAAUUCUACAACGAGCGGAGGUUCAUCUGGAAGCGGCUCUGGCACUAAUAAUUCUACAACAGGUGGAGGUUCAUCUGGAAGCGGCUCUGGCACUAAUAAUUCUACAACAGGUGGAGGUUCAUCUGGAAGCGGCUCUGGCGCUAAUAAUUCUACAACAGGUGGAGGUUCAUCUGGAAAUGGCUCAGGUUCUACAGGUGGAGGGUCAUCUGGAAAUGGCUCAGGUUCCACAGGUGGAGGGUCAUCUGGAAAUGGCUCAGGCUCCAGCGGUGGAGGAUCAGGGUCUUCUGGAGGUAAAAACCCAGACAAUAGUUCUUCUCAUAAAAGCAGUAGCUCAAAUGAUGAUUGAAAGCUUUAUUUAUCUAUAGCUAUUCCUACAUCUGUUCUCUUUUCUAUAUUGGUUUUUGUCAUAAUUUUUCUUUACAUCAAGUACAGAAAAAGAAUGAAAAAUCAAUCAGAUGAUAACUUAGAAGAGUGCAGAAUUUGUAUGGGGCGUUUACCUUUACGUCUUUUGAAAAAGCUAACAUGCAACCAUUAUUUUUGUAGUAAAGAUUUACGUCAAAUGUUAGAGUUUUACAUUGCAGAAAAUGCUAUUGCAAAAGCUAUGAAGUGUCCUAACGAAAAUUGCAAUGGUGAAAUUAGCUCGCUGAUUAUGCAAGAUAUAUUAUCCAAAGAGGCAAUGGAGAAGCUGAAUUAUUUCAUGAUAAAUAGAAACUUCAGAAUUAUCAAGUGUCCCAAGUGCAAUCAAAAAUUUGAAUCGUCACAGGAAAGGAGAGCAACGUGCAUAAAUUGCUAUAUGGAUUUUUGCAGUUACUGCCAAGAGAUUUGGCAUGAAAUAGAUAAUUGUCGAGAAAUGUUUAUACAGAGGAGAUUAAAAGAAUUAGAAGCUUAUAUUAGAUUAUUCUAUAUAAAUAUAGGCCGUAUCUGCUAUUACUUAUUUUUUACGGUAUGGUGGCCAAGAAAUUUGCAAAAGUAAAUAGAAUUUGAAGCAAGUGGAGAAAUGGUGGCGCAGUGUCCUGGAUGUAAAGCCCCAUAUUUAAAGGAUCACCGUUGCGACCAUGUGCAAUGCGUAGACCCAAAAUGUAAUGUACUUUUCUGCUUCGGAUGCUCUGCGAACAGAUCGCCUAUAAUUGCUCAUUGAGAACAUUAUCAUAGGCCAGAUUGUGCACAUUUUCAAGAAAACAAUAGGCAAGUCCGGGAUCGAUAUUCGCCAGAAAAAUGUAGUGAAUGCAAAAUAUUGGGCAGACUUUGCCUUCCGCCUCAAAAAUUGCGCGUUCCAAGAAGAUUUGGACCUGGAGAGUCAUAA